AUGCGAGAUCUCCCAAAAGUUGUAAAUAGCCGUUUAGUGAGGUGGGCUCUCCAGUUGAAUCAAUACAACUAUGACAUAGAGUACAGAAAAGGAGAAGAUAAUGUGUGUGCUGAUGUUCUAUCAAGACUUCCGAUUGAAGAUGAUCAACCUGAGGAGGCUCACAUUGGUUUUUUGAAUGUUGAUAAGGUUAACUCUAUCAUGUCUUAUGACCUCUUGAAACAAAAUUCAUUUACAGAUAAGGCAAUUAAAAUGGCAAAAAACUUUGUAUUGAGAAAUACAUGGCCCCCUGUUGUUCCUGAAAUGUUGAAGUCAUAUAAACAGAGGAAAGAUGAAUUGAGUGUUGAAGAUGACAUAUUAUUGUGGUUUGGAAGAAUUGUAGUUCCGGAAUGCAUGAGAACUGAUGUUCUGAAGAUAUUGCACACAGGACAUCCUGGUAUUGUAUCAAUGAGGUCUGUAGCACGACACUAUGUAUGGUGGCCCAACAUGGAUAAAGAUAUCGAAGUUUAUAUCAAGAGGUGCACAUCUUGUCAAGAGAAUCGAGAUAAUGUGGAAGAAGUACCAUUAUAUCCUUGGAAUGUACCUGAUAGAGUUUGGGAAAGGGUACACAUUGAUCUGGCAGGGCCAGUCAACGGAUCUAUGUGGUUGGUAGGUAUUGAUGCUUUGUCAAAGUGGGCAGAAGUGGACUGUCUCAAGACAACAAACUCUUCAACAAUCAUUCAACGAUUGAGAUCUUGGUUUAGUCGAUAUGGAAUACCAAGUGAAAUUGUGACAGACAAUGGACCUCAAUUUGUAUCAAAGGAAAUGGAAACAUUUUUUGAGAAAAAUUCUAUCAACCACAUAAAAACAACUCCUUACCAUCCUAAAAGUAAUGGACUUGUGGAAAGACUAAUUCGUACUUUGAAAAGACGGUUCUACACAACAAAGCAGGAUGUUGGAGAUGGAAUGCUAGCUCUUCAAAAUGUUCUUUUUAGCUACAGAAACUCGCCUCAGAAAACAACUGGUAGGACUCCGGCAGAAUUGUUUCUCGGUCGUAGACUACCAACAAUCUUUGACAAUAUGAAACCUAAUCUUAGGAAAAAGAUGGAGAUGAAGCUUUGGAAAGAACAAGAGAGGGACAGCAAAAAAGUUCGAACUUUUGAAGAAGAAGAAGAUGUGUGGAUUAAGAAUGAACAUGGGAAUGGUUGGUCAGCUGGAAUGGUGAAAAAUAAAAAUGGACUGUACUCAUAUGAUGUACUUUGUGGAGGUGUCAUAAAAAGGAAACAUGCGGACCAGAUGAGACAAAGAAUGGGAGCUGUUGAAUCCGUGUAA